UAUAUUGUUUAUAUUUUGUAGGGUUUAUCAGAUGUCAUCACACAAGUGUUCCCUUAUACUCAUUAGAGAUAUUGUGUGAGACAUGUACCAGAACUUCAUGUCAAUUAUUUUAGGACAACUGUUUAAGAAACACUUUUGGCCAGUAGCAUCAGCAACUACUCUCCUCCAGUUUGAGCAUGAAAUUGAAUGUAUCAAAGAGUUUAGUGACGAUGCAUAUAAUUGGAUGAUGGAGGUUUCUACAAGAUUAUGGGCUAGGCAUGCAUUUGAUUUUAAUGCAAAGAGUCCUCAAAUCACCAACAACAUGACCGAGUCAUUCAACAACUUGAUAUCAGAUGUUAGGGACAAGCCUGUUACGUUGGUAAUUGAUGAGAUAAGGCUGAAAAUCAUGAAAAGGAUGUUUAUGAACUAUCAAAGGGGUUGCAACUACUGAGUUGGUGGCUUGGUCACACCUGAUAUGAAGACACAUAUAGAUAAUGUCCAAUAGAAGGCAAGGGAAUGUAUUGUGUAUCACGGUAACAUACAUGCAUUUGAAGUGGUAGAUAUCCAUAGUGGGAGAGUUAUGGUGAAUGUGAUAGAGAAGACAUGUGGUUGUAGGAUGUGGGAUUGUACUAGGUUGCCAUGUAAGCAUGCAGUAGCAGUUAUCAUACACAUUAGGGGGUCAUUGGAGUCUUACUGCAGUCCAUACUACAAUGUCAACAUAUACCUUCAAGCAUAUAGUGAGUUCAUCCAACCACUCCCAACAUUGGCAGAUUUAGUAGUUGAUGACUCUCAUGGGUUGGUUCAGCAUCCACAUCUUAAAAAGAGGCCCGGUAGACCUCAUAAACUCAGGAAAAGAGAAUUCGAUGAGGGACCUGCUACAGAGUUCAGGAAGAAAUCAUCAAGUGUCAGAUGUGAUAUCUACAAGCUAGUAGGCCACAACAGGAGAACAUGUCCUCGAGAUGGAGAACAACCAAACAAUAAGAAAACAAGAGGCACAAUGAGAAAGCAAAGGGAUAAGAAUCAACAUGGAGGCACCAGCUCUUAGAUGAUGACUAGGUCACAAACAUCUACCCAGCCUGUAAAGCUAAAAACUCAAGAGAAAACCUUGACCAGGCAAGCUGCCAAGUAC